GCUCGCUUUAGGUUUAACUAACUCCUUAUCGCGAUUAGUUGGAGGAAUACUCGUCGGUCUGCAGUUCCUCCCGACUAUACGACGCGUAUGUCAUCAAAAAACUGCGCACUUCGCUCUAAACCUAAUACGCUUUUGAAGAAAUCUGUUCUCUGGCACAGGAUCAACGGAUACACAUGUAUCAUACUGUUGAUCAUCGGCAACGUCUCUGGAGGUAUUAUCUCUCGGCGUGCUUUUGGUGGAGAAAUCAAUGCCCAAACUGCGUACUAUAUCCUGGCAAUUAUGCUCAUUUUCUCUGCUCUCAUGGGUUAUCGGAACGUCAAACGGAAUACCAGGAAUCACCGAAAAUGGAUGUUGCGUUCUGUCGUUUAUUUCUCCGUGGUCAUAACCGCCCGCCUCAUCAUGUUGGCUUCACGGUUGAUAAUAUCUAAUAUUGGGACUUACUACUCUCUUUGGCGCUGCGACGAAGUGUUCUUCGUGCUCCAAGAUGAAGAUACCCUUGUACAGCGAUUUGCGCAAUGUUCCUCUUCAACUCCUAGCGACAAUGGCUUAUACGUUCCAGUGCAUGCGUCCGUUCACGAAGGAAAGCUUGGUACAGCGUCAGCUGUUCGAGUAGUCCAGGGAAUGGCAUUGUGGGUUGCUACGAUUAUACAUAUGGCUCUUGUGGAAGUAUAUAUCCGAAGCACCGAAUCCGCAAACCAUCAACGUCACGGAUUUGUGCUCGAAGCUCGCGACUUUGAUUCCUCGAAGACAUACUCUCCUCGAAAUUCAUAUUGGUAAACUUAUUCGCAUUCGUUGUUCUUGCUGCAAGGUGUUUUGUUGAGACUUUUUUAUUUUGUUGUUUGGUUUUGGUCUGCAUACUAUGCAUCUCCCGCGUCGUGUAAACUUUGUAUUUGUUCAAUCUAUUGACCUUGAAAGAGUGCCAAUGGUCCUUUGCAAAUACUUCUUUGGUUUAUCGGUCACAGGGUGGUAAGGUUCAGUGGCGUGUUGAACGCCUGAAAUAAGAGCACCAAUCUCCGUUUGACUGCCCAUCAUCUACUGCACUGCCCUGAAGGGUAUCAGUCCCAUUAUAUCUCAC